AUGCUGACAGAGCGCCCGGAACAAGAGGCGGAGGCCUUUCCGGUAGCGAUACAUCUCGAGACCCCGCCACCACACACGUCGCCGUCUCACCGGCACGCAGAAAACUUCGCUCUGCGCAGUGUUCAUCUGGAUGAUGUGCCGCUCCUUGACUCGCCUGCGUGGUCCAGCGACGAUGAGCUCGACAACCCAACCUACAACAAACGGUUUCGUCACAAGAAGCACGAGGAGAUUCGGCGGCUGUUAAUACAGAAGAGGCUGGAAGAGCGCGAGUGGCAGCAACUCGCAAAGGCGCAGAGGCACACAUCGGCCCAGCAGCCGUGUACGGAGGAUGUGGCAGCUGCAGCUGCAGCGACGAAGACCGGGCCGGAUUCGAGGUGUGGACCGUCGCAGACUUCUAGUGGUGCCAGCUCCCGCACAAGCAGCUUUUCCCGCUCGUUGGAGCGCACCAAGAACGGGCGAAGCAAACGUGCAAGUCAUUCCGCCGACGGCAGCAGCGCCCGUUGCGCACGCGAUGACGCGAUAUCGAAGCUGCCAACUGCGGGCAUGGUCGGGGCCACAACAUCGAUAACGGAUGCCGCGGCUUCUCUUUCACCUACACCGAUGCCUGUGACGGGGGCGCCACCACCCUCCGAGGUGGGGCCGAACCGCUCCGCCAAAUCGCAGCCGAAAGCCGCCGCUGCCGAGCACACGAAGUCUUCCACGACGAUUCAAGAAGAGAGGGCCGCAUUGGUGCCACCAGCUCCCACGCCCGACACGCAACUCACUUCGUUAGGCAGGCAGGAGCGCACCUCAGACAACUCCCCUCACUCGGCCUCCCCGACGCAGCGCCCCGCCACCGUUUCCGCUGUCACAACACCAAGUUUUGACGGGACACCACCGCCACCGCGUCCGCCUUCCGUGCCUGCCCCCGCACCGUUGCAAAUCCCACUGGACCAGGACGCACCACGCAGCAACAGUGCCAAAGGCCAAACGAACACCACGUCCUCGCCGGCGGUGCUUUCCUCCACGGAGGUGCGGCUGCCCAAGACACGCGGGUCACACCCCCGGACCAACAGGUUUUUUGUGUCGAAGAUUGUGAAGGGCUCACCGAAGCACAGCACAACGGCCGCCGUGUCAGGCGCCGCCAGCAUCACUGCCGCUUCUGCUGUGCCAACCGCACCACUGCGAGCAGCCGCCAAAGUUGCUGCCUCGCAGUAUGCCACCACCCCUUACCCAAGCCCGCUCAACGUUGACGUUUGCGAGGUGGUGGCGCGAGCCGGUCUUGAUGCGACGUGUCCUUACGUAGGGUCGAAUCUCUCCACCGAGGGGCAGCACAGGGCUGACCCGCCGCAGCGAGGUACUGCGGCGACGGCGGAGGCGACGGAUUUCAUGCCUGUACCCCCGCCGAGUCCCCCGCCGUUUUCCACAGCGCCGCAGAAGACGCACGUACGCCGCAGCAUCACAGGCCGACACUCACCCUUCAACCCCUCCGCAUCCCCCGCAGCCGCGAAGUGCGAGCGGCUUCCAUCGGCUCGAGACAGACAGUCGCUGCAGCCAAGCAAAUACAACUUACGCGGAAUGCCGAGCUGCUUCCAGUGUGUGGAAUCGGUUCCACCUUACCCUGGCAGGCCAAUUUCCGCGGAGACGACCACCGCGCAGGGUCAUGAUGCGAUUGGCAGGCCCUCGAGGUGCACACCGAACACAAUGACGACAGCAGCGAUGUCCACCAUCACACAAUGGACGAACAGUGAGGACAGAAAUGGCUUGUUUCGCGCACGCGACAGCAACUCUUCUCACGGCGCAGCAGACGACGAGAACGACGGAGCGGCGGCGCGCGGCGGGAGCAGCGACCGGUGCUCGGAGUCGUGGCGGGACGUGCGCAGCCCCGCGAGCGCCGGGUCGGAUGUGGAUUACAUCCUGGAGUACCACUCCUCGUAUUAUGGCGAUUUGUGGAAGCUGCUGGACAGCCCGCCUUCCCGCGAGACUUUCAGUGAGGUCGGCAGCACAGAGAAUCGGCGUGUGACUGGUGUCGACUCCGCUGCUGCUGCUGUGUUAUCGAAGCCGGAGAGGGACUUGCGCCGGCGUGACGCAGCUGUCGCGCACUUCCCCGAGAUCACCCGCGUUGCCACAAAGCCAACCCCGACGGAUUCUCGGCGUUUGGUGCGGAACAGCGCGAGCAGCAUCGAUCGCGGACUCAGCUACUUCUACUCAGGGGAGAUGCACCGCGCCGCGACACCGGCGGUGUACUCCUUCUUCACCUCUCCCCCGACGAACGGCGAGGCAGAGAUGAAGCCAAUAAAGAAGGCGUCGUUGCUGCCGUCGCGUGUGAGCUUCGGAAAAGACCCGUAUGCGUUGGGCCUGGAGGACUCAAUGGCGGAGUUGCGGACCACGGAGCCGAACAAACGAGCAGCAGCGGAGACGUCAAGGGCGGCGGCAAAGCUUCCGCACAUCCAGAACGGCGGCACGCGACGAGCCGCCGGCUUCACCACCGCUGACGAUGACUGGUGGGAGUACCCCGGCGCAAAAGGGGAGUCGUGUUGGUCAGUGCAUCCGCCUCUGCCAACGGUCCCAUCUGACGGCCAAAAGAAGUCGUCCAUGACGUCUGCCAAGUACUCUCUCCUCUCCUCGAAGAAAAGUUUCUUUGCGCUGCGGGAGGCGAAAGAGACGAAGGCAGCCGCGAUACGGCCGAUAAAACCGCCGGCGCGGGGCUCCGCCUCGGUGCGCGUUCUCUCGCUGCAAGGACCGCUUCAGUCGUCUCUUCCGUACGUUGGCCUCUGUGUCCCACCCCUUCCGCUGAACCGCUCUGCGUCUCAGACGGACACCGCCCACAAGUCCCUCGAUCUGCUUUCCCUGUUGGAGCGCAAGACCACCGCGACGCCGGAGGGGUUCUUGCCGAUGCCGGAGGACGAAGAAAAGGCCGCAACCCCGCCGACGCACUUCAUUGCGCAGCAGCAACAGUGGGCACCAACACCAGAAAUUCAGCAAGGGCAGUCGCCGAAGCAAAAGGUGCUUUCUUUCGCUGGUCUUCCCCUUCACUCACCUGCUGCUUUUCAACCAAAGCAAAAGGCACCACCCGCGGCAAAGGCGGUCCCCACGUUCACGUCUAGCAACCGCCACAUUGAGCAAACCGAGGCGGAAGGGUCUGCACAGCCAAUCUCCCCGUCGUCGUGCAACCACCUGCUACUGACCAAAACCCUUCCUCCCUUUUCCCCACGCUCUACGUCGAAGCCAACGGCGCGGCCUGUGUCGGAAAACGCGACCGCCGCGGAGAGAAAGGCCCCGCCGGUGCUGGAAGACGCACACAGGCAGUCGCCGUAUGACGUGUAUCUCCCUGUCCCCUGCGGGGAGGUUGGCCGUUUCCGUAGCUUGAUUGGCAGUACGUAUCUGUCCGACGUGUACACGAGCAGUCUGCGGCAGCUGACGGGUGGAUACCGCACGAGCGCUAAAAGUGUAACGGAUACCACAGCGAUGGAAGGACAGACGACUCCGAUGGCCUCCCACGACGGUGUUGGAGAAACACCCGGGGUCUUGGCAAAGGCGACGUCGACCGCACACCCGGCGGACGACUAUUAUCAGCCUCCACCACCACUGCGCAUGCGACUCCCCGCGCCGCCGGCUGCGCAGCCCAACGCCGUCCCUUCAGUGCCGUCCACCGCUGAUGCGAACUGUGCAGCGCCUCCUCUGCCCUCCGCCAGUGCAGCUCGCGCUCUCGUUCCCGUGGAAUGGAGCGUGGGGUCGUCCCGGAGCAGCAGUCGGUCCGUACAGCACCGCAACCGCCAACGGCACCUCGCGACCCGCAUUGGGCACCUCGUCGAGGCGGCGCUGUGUGGCAGCUCUAACAGCAGCGCGGCAGACGGCGCAGUCGCAUCGCCGGUGCACAUUGCCGCGCAGGGCAGCGAGGGCGACUCCAGUUCGCACAGCCGCGUCCCUUACUCCACCGCCCCGCCGUACGACGGAGAGUCGGCAGGCGGACCCACAGAAGUUGUAAGGAAGAGCACAAUGGUGGACGGUAGCAACGCCGGCACUGGGACGACGACGGCGAUCAACACCGCGAAGUGUCCGACCGAGGCGGCGAUGGAGGUGGCGCCGCUGUCGGUGAGUGCGCUCGUGCAGCGACUGGAGGCGAGGAUGAGCGCCAAUGCAUCGCCUGUGGCGGCGCUCAACACUACGCGAUCACCGAAGUCACCGCAGGCGGGGCAUCCUUCAUCUAACAGCAAAACCUCACCUGUGAUGCGGGUCGGUGCUGCCACGUCGAAUAACGUAGCCGACGUGACGGAGGAGAACGGCAGCACCACCCCGCGGCCAAACGCUCCGACAGAUGCGUUGCCGCCGUCGGUGCUGCGCAAAUCGAACAACAAAAACACAAGCAGCAGCAGCAACAAUAACGACCUGAGCAGCAGCAGCAAGACGAACCCGAUACCCGACGUUCUGGCACCCAUGCGCCUCGCAAAGAUCCUGAAGCAGUCAACGCUGCCUCCCCCGCGGGCCAUCACCCGCCGUGUCGCCGAUCCCCGUCACAACGACCGCGCAGAUCGCCAGUCCAACAGCGUCCACACACAUACGGAUGAACCUAAAAGCGAGCACGGUGUGCCACAGAGGAGUGCGGCGCCGUCCUCGCCGAUGCUACCACCGGUGCCGCCGCUAGCAGAGGACAUGCUGAUGCACCAGCGGUCGCCGCAACAUGGAGCGAUCCUGUACAGUCCGACACUGCCGCCGAUCGCACCUCGGCCCACCGCCCAAGUCCCGUUAGCGAAGCCGCAAAAGCAGCCAAAGAGACUAGGCAGGGAUAGUGGAGCAGAUGGACCAACGGGUGGCCUCCACACCACCGCAGACCUCCUGACUCGAAUUACGGUCAAGGGAGGUACUCGAGGGUGGCGAGGCGGACGUGAGUCUUCCAUUGUGGCGACGCUUGACUCCAGUUCCACGGCCAGACGCCCGAUCCGCAUUGCCGACCACAUGGGGCUCUGCGAAGAAAAGAGGAAAGGCUUCAACGGCAACUGUUACAGCCGUGAAGACCUGUUACACGGUGAGUGA